AUUCACAAUAUUCCUUUCUUCCGUCCUUCUCACUUCGAUGGCAUUCAAAUUUUUUCAAACUUUUCAAAUAACUAUGAGGUACGUACGUACUGUACCGUACCGUAGCAUGGAAGACGGCAAGAAAUCAGGAGAGGAAGUUCAUUCACCGAACCAACUCCGGAGAAACAAACAGAGAUUGUGCCUCUUUACCUCGCCUGUAUCGCAGACCGAACAGACGAGAUUGCUGCCAUGCCUACGAGCGUUAAUCGGGGCGAUGGCAUUCGCCGCCGGCGUCCCCGCAGCAAAUCCUCGAGGGCGACACCGUCGUCGUCGUCGUCGUCGCCGUCGUCGUCGCCAUCCUUUGCCAACAACGGCUCGCCACCACCGGGAUCGACCGCCGAACCCGUCCAAGCCCAACCGCCCGGUUCUUUCAAACGCCGUUUGCUCCUUGUCUUGCUCCAGGGCGCGAUCCACCUCGGAUGCAUCGCCCUGUACCUCAUCCCCAUCCUGGCACCGAACGAACACGCCUCGCCCACGCUGGACGAAUCCCACGUCAUGAACGGGGAGGUCCAGCGCGACAUCCACGAUCCCAACGCCACCCUCACGGAGAUCUUCUCCAACGACUACUGGGGCCGGCCCAUGAAUUCGCCCUCCUCCCACAAGAGCUGGAGGCCCCUGACGAUCCUCUCCUUCCGCUACCUCAAGGGGCCCUACACCGAUCUCUCCACGUCGAUGCUGCAGCAGCUGACGGUCCACCGCACCCUCAACGCCAUAUUCCACGCCGCGGCGGGGGACGUCGUGGGCAGGCUGGCCACGCAGUUGUUUGCGGCGGAUCAGGGCAACGCAGAAACCCUCGACCCGCUGUGGCUGCAGCUCGCCACCAAGAUCUUGUUCUGCCUGCACCCGACCCACGUCGAGGUCACGGCCAACGCGGCCAAUCGGAACCACAUCCUGGCGGUGUUUUUGGCCGUGGUGCUGUGCUUCCCGGGGAACGACGGCGCCAAGGGAAUCCCACACAGGACGACAACGCCGAUGUGGUUGUUUCUGGUGGCCCUGGUUUCGGGUUACCUGGUGAGCGAAACCUUUAUAUUCAUCGUUCCGGCCGUGAUGGUCACCAUGACCGUUGUCGCGUUUGGCCCCUACCAGAAGAACRCCGCCAAGGGAUUGCGGCCGUUUGUUCUGGACUACCUCCGCGCCAUGCUGUCCAUCGCUCCGAGAUUGGUCUUUCUGGCGUUGUCGGCAGUCUCGUACUAUGGCGGRCGGUGGUACUUUGACACCCUAGACAUUCCCACCGGGUUGAUUCGCCCCGCCGAGUCGCCCUAUUACACCUUUACGGGGAUGAAGCGGGUCAGAAACUAUCUMUACAUUCUGACGGUCCAUCUCGGCAAGCAAUGGGGAUCKUUCUUUCCAAAGACGUUCGGGGGAGAUCCGAUCGGAUUCUCCCACGAAUACGGGUACGAUUGCAUCCCGGAAAUCAAAACGUGGGGCGACGAGCGGCUGGUCUUUGGGGUCGGUUUCCACCUGGUGUUUGCAAUGGGUCUUUCCGUCCUGUUGGUGGCCAGGAAUCCGCGCCAGUUUUUUGGUUUGGUCGCCAUUCACUGGUCCUGGACUCUCAUUACGCUCUUCCCCAUCACCGGAAUCCUCAAGGUGGGCACCUUCGUUUCGGAUCGGAUCGUGGUCCCAUCGACUGUCGCCAUCGCGCUGUGGAGCGGCAGGGUUGUCCAGAAGCACCUGACACAAUGGGUUUGGAAGAAGGAUUCUCUGUUCGGCAGCUUUCGCCCACUCCAGUUCGUCUUUGUGCUGUGGUGGAUCGCCGCCUCGUACAYGACGGUGCACAGCCGUGCUCUGCAGUGGAUGGACAGCAUCUCGCUCAUGAACUCCGCCCUCGUGACCUGCCCUCGGUUUGCCAAGGUCCACAUGGAGGUGUCCAAGAUCCAUUCCGGUCUCUUCCCGGACCUCCUCGAUCUAAAAACCGCCCGGGAUCACCUCGACACCGCCCGGGAGAUCGACCCCGAUCUCUGCGACCUGCACCAGCAGUACAUCUUUUUGGCUCUCCGGGAGUACAACAACCUAGAAAUCGAGAAGGAACUCCCGGGGGCCAUGCUAUGCCCCUUUACGGCUUCCUGGGCGGAGCAACUCUGGUUGCAGUACUGGGAGCAACAGCUCGCGAGCGCCCCCCAGGGGACCCCGCAGUACGCAGCGAUCGCUUCGCGCUACCAAGCGGCCUUSGGGAUCAUUCAGGAGGGCAUCGAAGAGCAGCAGCGGGCCGAGCAGGAAGCCCAAGAGAACGAGCGGUAAGAAASGAAUUCCAAUCGCCAGCGCACCACUUUCGAUUCAUCGUUCGCGAAGACCUCGCUGCUUCACCCAAAUACUACUUCGACUGUACCAUAGGACGAAUAAUUGGAGUAAAUAUAACAUUWGAGU